UUUCUUUUGCUUCUCUGCUCUCUGCGCGUUUCGAAAGAACACAUACCUACUUCUGUGCUUCUACCCUGCUUCUACCCCGCUGACAUCAUGCCUUCCGCUCUACUCAUUGGCGACAUCACCCACGCCAGGAAAGAAUGGGAGGACCUCUCGUCCAUUCUGACUCUGAAGGAAUUCCCCUCAGGAAAUAGAGAAGACUUCAUCCGCAAUCUUAAAGAUGGAAAGUACGAUGACCUGGUCGCCAUCUACCGAUCCAAUACUUCUACAAAGUUCACUGGCCCGUUCGACGCAGAAUUGAUCUCGCUGUUGCCCAAGUCGCUGAAAUAUAUCUGCCACAAUGGAGCUGGCUACGACAAUAUCGACAUUCCUGCUUGCUCAGAGAAGGGAAUCUCCGUCUCUAGCACGCCGGUUGCUGUGAACAAUGCCACCGCAGACGUCGGCAUCUUUCUUAUGAUCGGCGCCCUUAGACAGGCCUACGUGCCAUUGACUGCGAUUCGCGAGGGCAAAUGGCACGGACAAACCACGCUGGGCCACGAUCCCAAGGGAAAGGUGCUUGGAAUCCUCGGCAUGGGAGGAAUUGGUCGCGAAAUGGCCAACCGCGCGCGAGCCUUUGGGAUGACAAUCCAAUACCACAAUCGGUCGCGACUGAGCCCUGAGUUGGAGCAGGGUGCUAAAUACGUCUCGUUUGACGAUCUGCUGGCUACGUCUGACGUGCUGAGUCUGAACCUGGCUCUCAACCCGUCUACCCGUCAUAUCAUUGGUGAAAAGGAGUUCCAGAAGAUGAAGGACGGGGUCGUGAUUGUUAACACCGCUCGCGGUGCGCUAAUUGACGAGAAGGCGUUGGUUGCCGCGUUGGAGUCGAAGAAGGUGAUGUCUGCCGGCCUAGACGUGUACGAGAAUGAGCCGAUUGUAGAGCUCGGCCUGCUCAACAACCCCAGAGUGAUGCUUCUGCCGCAUAUCGGUACAAUGACCUAUGAGACGCAGAAGGAGAUGGAGAUUCUGGUGUUGGAUAACUUGCGGUCGGCGGUGGAAAAGGGAGAACUCAUUACGCAAGUCCCAGAGCAGAAGAAAUAA